AUGCAGUAUGGCUUCCGGGCUGGGUCGACCAUCACCGAGGCCGUUGAGCCCGCGCGCUCGGGAUUGUUGAUGAACUGCCUGUAUUCGCAGUUUGUUAACGAAUGGGCUCUCCCGCUGGAAAAGGGCCCCGAGGCCAUCGGUCGUCUUUCGGCCUGGCUGAACGGCGACAUGGAGACCGCGCGCAUCCCCUUCUCAUCCAAGGGACUGUACGUGCAUUGUCCGGUCGAAGUGCGAGUCUCCGAUACCACGUUAAACACCAAGCCCCGCCCAUUCCUAGACCCGACAAGUCGCGACGGCCCGACACUCUACCUCAACGCAACGCUUUAUCGUCCAUACCUCCGCGACCCACCAUGCAAAGAACGCUACUACGAGGCCUUCGAAUGGCUGAUGCGGGAGAUGGGCGGGAAGCCGCACUGGGCAAAGAAUUUCCACACAUUAAACCCACAGGAGCUAGGCACCGCGUACGGGUCAGACAUGGAGUCGUGGAUGAAAGUGCGCUCAGAGGUCGACGCGGACGGGAUGUUCGUGGGCGAAUGGCAUCGGCGCCACCUGCCCCUGGAGCUCGGACAGGCAAGCGAAGCAUUCGAGGGCGAGAGACUCCCCCUCCUGGAGCGCGAGCACGAGCGUCGCAGGGUGGGUAUGAGUGGCGUUGGGGAUGGUGUCGAAUGGGUGGGGGAUCGCCGAUGGCAGGUUCAGGCUCAGGCUCAGCGACACUCCUUUGAUGCAUUGGAUAUGGAGAAGAGCCUGUACCCAUUACCGCCAGAUCACUCGCCUAGUCCGUCUGUAACGGCGAGCAGUGAGGAGAGCUUUGAUUUGCUUGCCAGGGGUGAAGCGAGCAUCGUGCUCCCCGAUGGACCGGGGGUGUGA